UUUCUCUUCUCCCAGGCAAUUAAACAUUGUGCACUUCAUCUCCGAUCCCGCGAGCUUAUUUAUUCAUUCGUACAGACCUGAGAUCUCGGACGCACCGGAUAGACUAUAUCUCGCAUAACGAACUAUAAGCCGCAGAUCUGUUUCCAUUCGAAUUUCGAUCGAUCGAUCGAUCAACCACCAUGCCUGGCGAAGUCAUCGACAGACCAAACCCCAAGGCGGAGCCGUCACACAUCCCCGACAUUGUUGAGCAAUUACAGGUCCAGCUGGCGGAAACGGCUCUGGAGGAAACCGACUACAAUGCCUUGCGGAAGUUCCGUCAGGCUGCGACGUAUAUCGCUGCUGCCAUGAUCUUCCUACAGGAUAAUGUGCUGCUGAAGCAAGACCUAAAACCAGAGGACAUCAAGCCCAGGCUUCUAGGCCACUGGGGAACCUGCCCCGGGUUGAUCCUGGUAUACUCCCAUCUGAACCACAUCAUAACAAAGCAUGAUCUGGACAUGAUCUAUGUGGUCGGACCGGGCCAUGGCGCACCAGCCAUCCUGGCUGCCCUGUGGCUCGAGGGCUCGUUAGGAAGAUUCUACCCCAGUUACUCACGAGAUAUGGAUGGUCUGUACCAGCUCAUCUCGACCUUCAGCACCAGCGCGGGUCUGCCAAGCCACAUCAAUGCGGAAACCCCAGGUGCGAUUCACGAGGGUGGUGAGCUGGGCUACGCUCUGGCCGUCUCUUUUGGCGCGGUCAUGGACAACCCCGACCUGAUUGCCACUUGCGUGGUUGGUGACGGAGAAGCAGAAUCUGGCCCGACAGCAGCGUCCUGGCAUGCGAUCAAGUACAUCGACCCCGCAGAAUCAGGCGCCGUCUUGCCGAUCCUCCAUGUCAACGGCUUCAAGAUCAGCGAGCGCACCAUCUUCGGCUGUAUGGACAACAAGGAGCUGGUCUCCCUCUUCACUGGUUAUGGCUACCAGGUGCGCAUUGUCGAGAACUUGAAGGAUAUCGACGCAGAUCUCCACAGCUCGAUGAUGUGGGCGGUUGGCGAAAUCCGCAAGAUCCAGAAAGCAGCGCGUUCCGGCAGGCCGAUCAUGAAGCCUAGAUGGCCAAUGCUCGUUUUGCGAACGCCAAAGGGUUGGUCCGGGCCCAAGGAGUUGCACGGGCAGUUCAUCGAGGGUUCUUUUCAUUCGCACCAGGUUCCUCUGCCCAACGCAAAGAAGGAUCAGGAGGAGCUCCAGGCGCUGCAGAAGUGGCUGGCGUCGUAUAGCCCUCAUGAACUCUUCACCGAAACCGGGGAUAUUAUCGACGAGGUGAAGGCUGUGAUCCCACCUGAUGACUCCAAGAAGCUGGGACAACGCGCCGAGUCCUACAAGGGCUAUGUUCCACCAAAUCUUCCGGACUGGAGGAACUUUUGCGUGGAAAAGGGCGCGCAGGAGAGCGCCAUGAAGGCAAUCGGAAAUUUCAUCGACCAGGUCUUCACCCAGAACCCCCACAGUGUUCGCAUCUUCUCCCCAGACGAGCUGGAGAGUAACAAGUUGGAUGCAGCUCUAGCCCACACGGGAAGAAACUUCCAGUGGGACCAGUUCUCGAAUGCUCAAGGUGGCCGUGUCAUUGAAGUUCUCAGUGAGCAUCUGUGCCAGGGAUUCCUUCAAGGGUACACCUUGACCGGUCGUGUGGGCAUGUUUCCGUCGUAUGAAAGCUUCUUGGGCAUCGUCCACACCAUGAUGGUGCAAUAUGCCAAGUUCAACAAAAUGGCUCAGGAGACGAGCUGGCACAAGCCGGUCAGCAGCAUCAACUAUAUCGAAACGAGCACGUGGGCCCGCCAGGAGCACAACGGCUUUUCUCACCAGAACCCGUCCUUCAUCGGGGCCGUCCUCAAGCUGAAACCAAAAGCCGCCCGAGUUUACCUCCCCCCGGACGCGAACACGUUCUUGACUACGCUCCAUCAUUGUCUCAAGUCGACGAACUACAUCAACCUCAUGGUCGGAGCGAAACAGCCGACCCCGGUGUACUUGACCCCAGAGGAGGCCGAGAGCCAUUGUCGAGCGGGCGCAUCGAUCUGGCGGUUCUGCAGUACCGACGACGGGCUGGACCCAGACGUUGUUCUCGUUGGAAUCGGCGUGGAGGUGAUGUUCGAGGUCAUCUAUGCGGCGGCCCUCCUGCGCAAGCGCUGUCCAGAACUUCGGGUUCGGGUGGUCAACGUGACAGACUUGAUGAUCCUGGAGAACCAGGGGCUGCACCCCCAUGCUCUGACCCCCGACGCCUUCAACAGCCUGUUUGGCACGGACCGGCCGAUUCACUUCAACUACCACGGAUACCCGAGCGAGCUGAAGGGACUGCUCUUUGGACGCCCCAAUCUGGACCGGGUGAGCGUUGAAGGGUACAUGGAGGAGGGCAGCACCACCACGCCAUUCGACAUGAUGCUUUCGAACCAGGUAUCUCGGUUCCACGUGGCGCAGGCUGCAGUGAUCGGGGCAUCUCGACGGAACGAGCGGGUUCAAGCCCGACAGCAUGAGCUGGUCACGGAGCUGAACCAUAAUAUUGUCGAGACGCGGAAGUACAUCCUCGCCAACCGCACGGAUCCCGAUGACACGUAUGAGACGCCUUCGUUUGAUUGAAUGAGUCGAAUGUGACAUGAGCCAAGUCUGACGCGCGGAAGGAGAAUGUAUCAUUAGCCAUAUACCUAGAAUUCAAGGGUUUGUUGAUUCAUUGUGUUCGUGUUGGCGGGGGUCGAGUGGGCAGAGACAGGAGCGACAUGGGGAGUAGAUACGGAGGAUCUGACCGACUACUUAGACGCUUAGACGAGCCAGAUCCUGCCUUGCCGAGCUUUGCCGAAAGGGUCGGUGCUUGCGAGGGUACGCAGUAGCGAGAGUUGUGGUGGUUGCGACUGGCGAGGGGCGGAGUCGAGUUCAAGUAGGAAGGAAGACGAUGCUGCCUGAGGCGAGGCGGGGCGGGGUCAUCCAUCCUUCCGUCGCUUGUCUUUUCCGAUCUUCUCUUCUCCUCUUCUCACCUGUUAUACUCUCUCUCUACUAUAGUCGG